UUGUUUAAUUCCCGCCUUCCUUGUUGUUAUAUGACAGCCCACAAGGAACACUAAGCAUUAGCCACACCCUCAGUGACGUGCAUGUGUGUGGGUGGGAUCUGCCUGUCCCAAUCAUGCAAGAGUAUCGUUUUCACGGAAAUGGGUGGAGGAAGAAACAGAGUCAGGAAACAAAAGCUGUCAAAGAUAGUGCGGGAGAGACCAGCUCAGCACUGUCAUCUUAAAAAGACAUCAUGGAUUUUAUGAAACAUAUGCAAUUAUUAGUAACAGAAACACACCCUAUAAUAAAGUGUGUAAUUGAUGAUGACCUGAAGAACCUCAAAAAAUUGCUGAAAGACAGUGACAUUAAUAAUCUCUUCCCAUGUGUGGAAUGUAAAGAUUCUAUAACCCCACUUAUAGCUGCUGUUGCAAAUGGCAAGUGGGACAUUUUCAUCUGGCUUCUUAAUGUUGAUGCAAACCCAAAUGUUGUGUCCCAAAAUGGCUUUACAGCUUUGCAUUAUGUCUCACAAUCUCAAGCGCCGCCAAUAUUUGUCCGCAAACUAAUUGAAGCUAAAGCUGAUCCAAAUGGAGUGAUGCAGAUACAGAUACAAGAUGUAUUUGGCCAGACAAUCUCACCCUCACCACUUCAGUUAGCUAUCAUGCAUGACAGAGAGGACAUUGUGAAAGAGCUCCUCUCUGCUGGUGCACACUUAGAAGUGUUUCAUGGCACUUCUCCUAAACAUGUUCAAUGCAAUGAAAAAAUGGUUCAGGUGAUAAACAGAUUGGCAUCCAGUGGCGAUGAACGAUGUUCAAAACUCAGAAAAAUUGUAGAACUGAAAAUUGCUGUACAAAUGAAAACACCUAAAGAAGUGUUUGAAACUUUUGACAGUUACAUGUUGCAUGAGGAUCCUCAGACUCAUUUGACCAUAAUUGAACUGCUUUGUUGUGUAACUGGUAAAUAUACAGAAAAAUACCAACAGCUCAGCAUCAACUGGGUGAAGAAACCUGAAAUGUUCAACUCCUACAUCAAAGGGGCAGUGAGUCGCCUUCCAAACAUUCCCGAAUUAUGCCUGCAUCUAUCAAUAAAAUGCUUACUUGCUGUCUUCUGCACAAUGGAGGAGAUAUCAACUGAGCAAGCACUCGUGAUUAUUCCCCAACUACUGGAUCAACUCAAGCCCAAAAAUGGACUGAAUAUGAAGCCAGUAGUAGACAUUCAGCAAAUCAUAUAUUUGAUCACACAGAAAACACAAGUCACAAAUGAAUGGCAUCCCAACUUUAUUGAGAAGUUGUGCAACACAGUUGUUCCUUUUGUGAAGGAUCAAUACUCCACUGAUGUUCGCGUCUACACCUAUGGCAUAGUUGCUAACUUGCUUUCUGUUGAACAAGCUGUAAGCAUCUUUACAUCAGUGGGGAUCACAUCAGUGCCCGAAGACAUCCUAACAUCAGCAGAUAUGAAAAUGAACGAUAAGCUGAAAGAGGCUCUCAGACGUUUAAAAAACUAUUUGAGAAAACUGAAUGAAGAGAGUGAGGAUGGUGGAGCUGUACCUGAAUCCAGGAAGAAGAAGAAAAAGAAGAAGAAGAAGAAGGAGAAAGACCAGCACAACAACCAAAAUGUUGAAGUUUGUGGUCCUUCAACUGAUCCAGCAGCAGUUCCUUGUAAACCAGUGGGAACACAAGAACCACCACACUUUAGCAAGAGGUGGAGGGAGAAGUUAGAGAAGCUUGCAAACACUGAUGAAACCAAAGUGACCAGAAUUGAGAGCAUUAUGUACAUGAAUGAUGCAGAAUUUCGAAUAGCCAAGGGAAGUGAUGGCACUGAAGUUUUCUUGGGGCUGAAGAGUGAUGGCACUGAAGUGGCAAUUAAGAGAAUGUCGAGAACCAACUAUCAAGUGCUGAUGAAUGAGAAAUCCCUUCUGCGACUUCCAGAGCUGUAUGACAGCCGUGUUGUACGAUAUAUCGACUUUGCAGAGGACAACACAUUUGGAUAUCUUUGUCUUCAACUUUGUGAAUACACCCUGGAAGAAUAUAUCAAAGAUAAUGAUGGCAGUCUGGAUAAAGAGCAACUCGUGUAUGACAUUCUUGACAGUUUAAGAGUUCUUCAUUGUCAAAGGCCUCAAAUUCUCCACCGAGAUCUCAAACCACAAAAUGUUUUAAUCGAUGUGAAUGGAAGGGCAAGAUUAGCUGACUUUGGCAUUAGUCGACGUUUAACCAAGGGCCAAACAACUUACCGCACACGUAGUGCAGGAACAGAAGGCUGGAUGGCCACGGAGACUUUAAAGGAUGAAGAUGAAGAUAAUGAUGUACGAUACAAGUGGAGCACUGAUAUACAGGUUGCAGGGAUGCUGAUUUACUACAUCCUCUCUGGAGGACGCCAUCCAUUUGGGGUAACCUAUGAACGAGUGCACAACAUUCAUAAAGGGAACUACAAGUUGGACCAUGUUCAAGAUGUGGUUGCAAAGGAUCUCAUCGAGUGGAUGAUCAAUAAAGAGCCAGAGAAAAGACCUAAAGUGGAAGAAUGCUUGAAUCACCCCUUCUUCUGGACCACCAAAAACCAUCACUGAUCUAAAAAGCAACGUGGGUCUCUCUAACCUAGCCAAGAUUCUGUCAGCGAUUUGAUUUCACUCUGCAGACACAUCUGGCAAUUUAAAAAAAAAGGGAACCAAUCAUAAACCCGUAGCAUGCUCCAGGUGACAACAGAGGAGCGAUGUCUCGCAGCUCUUGUAAGCAUCCAACAUGGUGGCCACCGAAGAGUAACUGUCUUCUGAUUCAGCUCCUGUUCUUUUAGCAACUUGCUCCACGGUGUGUUCCUGGACUAAAGUCGUUAGCUGCCAUUACUACAUAGAAAACUACAACAAAACAUUAGUUGACAUGAUUCCCGUCGCUCUGCAUAUGUCAUCCAGUUCAUUGGUCUGAUAACUUGUAGGUUUAUCCAAUUGCACACAGUGGCAUUUUCAUUUAUGUCUGUUGGUCAUGCCUCUUGAAAGUGGGAGGUGACUAAACCCUUUCCAGACUCAUACUCAAUCUCAGAGGAGAUGAGUAUGAGAUUGAGAAACAUUUCAAAUCUCCCACAAUACUUCAUCCAAAGUCAAUAUGGCCAAUCAAAUAAAAAACAUUCAACUAAGCUGUAAGUGUGUAUAUUUGGUAUUUUUUUAAGCUACGUUUAUAUUUUUCAGGAAAGUAGAAUACUUGAGAAGGGUUGGAAACAUGAAAGAGGUGGCAUCCCGUGAAACAAACCGGGAAUUGGUUUCCUCAGUUGAAGAAUGGGCUGUGGGUGUAUCCUACAAUCAGUGGAGAGAAAAG